UGGGCGGGGCUUGACCUGUCUAUGGUUCAGAGAGUCAACAGAAGCCAAAGAGUGAAAAUCAGUGGAGAACUACGGAGGAUUUUAACCGUAAAAACACUAUUUAUCCUCAGAUCUUCCUUCAGUCUGAUGGGUUCAACGUCUCCGACAUCAGAUCUCCAUCUUUAGCAUCAUGGCUGAGGAGACGCCCGAGAAGCACUGCUGGGUUUGUUUCGCCACUGAGAGGGACGACCACAGUGCAGAGUGGGUGAGUCCCUGCAGGUGUAAAGGCUGCACCAAGUGGAUCCACCAGGCCUGUCUGCAGCGCUGGCUGGACGAGAAGCAGAAAGGAAACAGUGGAGGCUCGGUGAGCUGCCCUCAGUGUGGAACCGAGUACCACAUCGUCUUCCCCAAGAUGGGUCCGGUGGUCUACUUCCUGCAGCAGGUAGACCGAGCUCUGUCCAGGAUCAGCCCCUUUGCUGCCGUAGGCGUCGUGGUCGGGACGGUUUACUGGUCAGCGGUGACGUACGGAGCCGUGACGGUCAUGCAGGUGGUGGGACAUAAGAAGGGGCUGUACGUGAUGGAGCGAGCCGACCCUCUGUUCCUCCUCAUGGGUCUGCCCACCAUCCCGGUGCUUCUGGUUCUGGGGAAGAUGAUCCGCUGGGAGGACUACCUGGUCCGGCUGUGGCACAGAUACUCGUACAAACGAAAGCUUCCGCCAGGCAGCAGCCGCUACCUUCCCCGGGUCCCGGUAGAAGGACCCCACUCUGGAGAUCAUCGGCCGGUGUCCAGGACUCUGUGUGGAGCUUUAAUCUUUCCCUCCAUCGCCAGCGUGGUGGGGCGGCUGCUGUUCAGAAAGACGUCCUCCAGCCUGCAGAGAACCGUCCUGGGCGGCAUCGCGUUCGUUCUGAUCAAAGGCGUGCUGAAGGUUUACUUCAAGCAGCAGCAGUACGUCAGUCAGGCCAACAGACAGAUCCUAAACUACCCGGAGAGGAGCGGCGGCGGACAAACGGACGGCAGCGACGACACCGAGGACAGCGGCAACGAGUGACCGUCAGUUAGAAAGAAAAAACGGGAACCUGCAGGGAAAUAAGUGAAGCUGAAACUCUGAGAGCUGAAGAGAAGCUGCAGGACGACCUGAAACCUGAGGAGCAGCACUAGAAGGUAGAAACACUGGAGCUCCUGCAGCCUGAAACUCUUCAAACACCAGCUGAUGCCUUACAUUUGAAUUCAGCCCAAAAACCACUGAAUUCUCCUCAUUUAGACACAAACUGAAGCUUUUCCUCAGAAAACAGCCGAGUCUGGAGCUGAACGCCGUCUUUCCAUAAAAAAUGUUCAAACUUUCUCUUUUCUCUCACGUUGAAGUCCAGUCUUUCUGUUUUCAUUCAUUUUCACACAACUUCAGGUCGUUUUUCACUAAUUAUUGAAACAAGAAAAUCCAGACGCAAAACAAAAACACACAUAAUAAGGAAAUGAGACAAAACACGACUCAGAACGUCACAAACCAGAAAGACGAGACGCAAAGCAGAGAAAGGGAGACGCAGAAUGAUGAAAACGACAACCAAAACGAGAAAAAAAUGCACAGAAGCAACACAAAUCUGAUGCAAAAUGACAGAAGGGAGAUGAGAAAUGACCAAGAUGAGCAACACAAAAUAGAAACAAAGCAAUAAAAAAACCACACAAAACAAGGAACAAAGAAAAAAUGAGGUGUGUAGCCCUACCAAAGUGACCCCUGAGGAAAAAAACGUUCCAAAGACGAAUGAAACGACACAAAACUGUUGAAAAAAUGACAAAAGGGGCACAAAAAUGACAAAGAUAAGCAUAAAAUAUCAAAAACACAAACAAAACUCAAAAAACAAGACAGAAAAUGACAAAAACUGACUCCAGAUCAAUUUUCCGUCCAUCCAGGAGUCACAAUCUGAUGAAUAAAUCUGUUUUUAGUUCAUUUUUUCUGCCACAAAUAGACAAAAACUGUCCCAAAGACGCACAAAAUGAUCCAAACGGACUAAAUCCAGACACAAAGCAGAAAAAACAAAAGACAAAAUUUCACAAGAAAGACGAGACACAAAAGAGGAAAAGGGAAACGCAGAAAAAAUGACAAACAAAAUGACAAAAAACAACACAGAUCUGAUGCAAAAUGACAGAAGAGACGAAAAAUGACAAAGAUGAGCAGAAAACAACAAAAACGAGACACAAAAUGCCGAAAUCUAGACACAAAUUAUAAAGAAAGAGGCACAGAACAACACAAAUGAGAUAUGAAACAGAAAAAGAGACGCAAAAUGACAAAAGCGACAGACAAAAUGACGACAAUGAGAGAAAAAAAUGUCUUAAAAACACAAAAUGACACAAAUCUGAUGCAAAAUUACAGAAUGGAGAAAAAAAUGAUAAAUACGAACAGAAAACAACAAAAGAUGGACAAAAAACAAGACAAAAAGAAACAAAACAUGGAAAAGAGAGAUGCAACGUGACAAAAACGACACAAAACUGACGUGAAAUGACAGAAGGGAGACAAAAAAUGACAAAGAUGAGGACAAAACAACAAAAACCAGACUGAAAAUAAAUCAAAACGAGACACAAAAUGCCAAAAUCUGGACUCAAAGCAUAAAAAAGGAGACAGAAUGAGAAAGACGAGACAAAAAACAGACAGAGACAGACCCAAAAUGACAAAAACAACAAACAGAAUGACCAAAACAACACAAAACGGACAUAAUAGGACAAAAGGGAGACAGAAAAAGGACAAAUAUGAGGGAAAAUGACUAAAACAAGUUUCAUUUCCAUCCUGUUUCUCCUAAAAAACGUCUGAAUUUAAAGUUUCUGCCUCAGAAUUGAAGAGAAACACCAACAAAGAAAUCUGCUUUUUGUCACUAAAAUGUUUAAAAUUAAGGUUUGAGUUCAGAUUAAAGCAAAACAAUAAGCGGAGACGAUCGUUGAGUUUAAUUUUUAAAUCUGAAUUCUCUGAAGUAAUGUUUAGAAUCGACGCUAAAAACUUCCAGAUUUUGUGAUUGAUUUUUUUAUUUGUGCUCAUCUGAAGCCAAACUCUGGUUUAUGGAGGAUUUUAGGGGAAAAUGUUGUUUGAUGAAUUUAAUAAAGGAAAGUUUUUAUUUCUGGGAUCCAGCUGCAGUAAAUGUUUGUUUAAAGGAUCUAAUUUAUUCUGUGAUGAUUUGUUAAAUAAAGAUCUUUAGAAACCAC